UCAGGUGUCUGGAAACACAGCUCGAGCUCAACAGCUUGUUGUUCGUGAAUCUGCGACCUGAGAGAAGAGGGAAGAAACAGCAGCGGCUUCAGUCGGAGAAUUGAUCCACAAUCUUUUCGCGCUGGACUCCCUCGAAUAACCGCAGAGAUGAAGGCAGCUGAUGAGCCUGCCUAUCUGACGGUGGGGACGGACGUCAGCGCCAAAUACAGAGGAGCCUUCUGCGAGGCCAAGAUCAAGACGGUCAAACGCAUGGUCAAGGUCAAGGUGACUCUGAAAGGUGAGAGUACAUCUCAGGUGGUUCAGGACGACCAGGUCAAAGGUCAUCUGAGGGUGGGCUCCACAGUGGAGGUCCGUACAGGUGAAGGUGUGUCCAGUGAAGCAGUCAUCAGUAAACUGACCGAUGCCAGCCUCUACACCGUGGUGUUCGAUGAUGGUGAUGAGAAAACUCUGCGUCGAACGUCCCUGUGUCUGAAAGGAGAGAGACACUUUGCAGAGAGUGAGACUCUGGACCAGCUGCCGCUCACAAACCCAGAACAUUUUGGAACCCCGGUGAUCGGAAAGAAGUCCAACCGAGGAGGACGGAGGUCAUCUCAGGCCGUGGCCGAUGAAGAGAACGAGUCCUCAUCCAGUGAGGAUGAGGAGGAGGACAGACGACGGCUGAACGACGAGCUGCUGGGAAAAGUCUGCAGCAUCGAGAACCAAGAGCAGUCCAGUAGCAGCAGCUACAUGGCCCUGGUGGUGUCUCCGAGCUGUAACGAUGAGCUGGCCGUGAAGAAGGACCAGUGUCUGGUCCGGUCCUUUGGAGAUGGAAAGUUUUACACUGUGGCCCGGAGACACGUCCAUGCCGUCAACUAUGUCAGCAUCUCCAAGUCUGAGUUCUCCAACAGAAAAGGGUUUGAAGGAGCUCAGGUUUUCCUCCGGACCAGGGACGUUCCUGAUCUGUGGAAGAUGGACAUGAGUCAGAUCCUAGACUCGUCCUCCAGCGACGAGGAGGACGACGAAGAUGACAAGGACAGUGAGGAGGAGGAGGAUGAGGAAGAGGAGGAGGAGGAGGAGGAGGAUGACACCAGGAAGAAGAAGAAACACAUCAAGGAGGAGCCGGAGGAGGAGUUGGAUCCAGCGGAGCGGGACCUUUUCCUGCAGCAGCUCUAUAAGUUCAUGGAGGACAGAGGGACCCCUAUCAACAAACCUCCUGUCCUGGGUUACAAAGACCUGAACCUCUUCAAGCUCUUCAGGCUGGUUUAUCACCAGGGAGGCUGCCACAAGAUUGAGUCUGGGACUGUGUGGAAGCAGAUCUACAUGGACCUGGGUAUCCCCGUCCUGAACUCUGCUGCAUCCUACAACGUCAAGACGGCCUACAGGAAGUACCUGUAUGGCUUCGAGGAGUACUGCCGCUCUGCCUCCAUCACCUUCAGAACCAUUCAUCACAACAAUCCCCGGCCACCAGCCAAUCAUACGACACUGGGGAUAGAUGACAAGGAAGCGGCCACACCCAUAGUGAAGGUGGAGCCUUCUGAUGUCAAGAGGGAGGAGGCGGAGUCAGAGAGUGAGAGUGAGAAGGAGGAGGUGAAGGAACGGCAGUCGUCACCAAGAGGGAGGAGGAGGGGCGGAGUCGGUCCGCUGAAGAUGGACAGAGAGUCUCUGUCCAGAGCAGACAAGAGAGGAGACAGGGGCGGAGACAUCGAGGAGCCAAGGGACAUCAGGAGACGCAGUAACCGGCGAAUGGACGACUCCGAACGAGGGUCUGAGGAAGAUGAGGAUGACGAUGAAGACGAGGAGGAGGACGAGGGCGACAGGAGGAGAGGGGACAGGAGCGAGGAGGACGGGGAGGAGGAGGAGGACGGGGACUCGGUGACCGGGACAAAGGUCAGGGUCAAAUAUGGGCGAGGAAAGACUCAGAAGAUCUAUGAGGCCCACAUCAAGAAGACUGACGUGGACAACGGAGAACAGUUCUACCUGGUGCACUACUACGGCUGGAAUGUCAGGUAUGACGAGUGGGUGAAGGCCGACCGGAUCAUCUGGCCUGUGGACAAAGGGUCCAAGAAGAGGACCAGGAAGAAGGCGAAGUUGAGCAAAGACAAAGAUGAUCUGGAAAAGGACGAGGACAAGGCGGGUCUGGGUUCAGCCUUGGCACCACUCAAGCCUCCAGGAGCCAGGAGGGGACGUCCUCAGAUUAGGACCCCGCCCACCGGCUCCAACGCACGCAAUGUCUCCAAGACGCCCAGCACCGAGGGGCGGAGCAACGGGAAGAUGGGCCGGUCUGAGAUGAUGUCCAACAUGGCCAACGGAGACAACACUCCUCGUAGGAGAACCAGGAGAACGUCUGGGAUGUAUGACUCGGACAGAGCCUCUAAUGAGGACUCUGGGAACUCAUCAGAGGACAGCGAGUCUGAAGACCCACCUGACAGGAAGCAGGCCCCCUGGAGAGGGAGGGCAGAGGCCCCGCCCCCUGAGGAAAAGGAAGGGGAGGAGGAACAGGAGGAGGAGCUGAAGGAGGAGGAGAAACCCAAAGACACGCCUCCACCUGUCAACGCCAUCUCCAUGGUAACAACAGGACAACCUCCUGCUGCCACUGCACCGUCGUGUCCCAGCAUGCCUCAGGAGAAAGCUGACCGAGUUCUGAGCCAAUCAGAAAAUACGGAGGCAGAGCAGGGGGAGGAGCCUGCAGGGGAGGCGGUGGUUCCUGUUCAGGAGGUCAACCAGACUCCGCCUCCAGCUCCACCCCCACCAUCAUCCCCUCCUCCUUCCACUGUAUCUGAGGACUCUGCCCCCUCCACCCCCCUGUCUUCCUCCAGAAUUAAAGGUCGGCGGUCCAACUUGAGGGAGGCAGGCUCAGAGACUCCUCCCAGAAUGCCAUCCUCCCUGUGCUCCGCCUCCAGCCCGGCGAACACCCCGCCCCGUGGCGUCUUGAAGCGCCAAGAUGAGCCCAUGGUGGUACUGCACUGCCUGCCCACACCCCGCCUCCUCCCACCGACCCCUAAUCCUGCCUCUGACACUGACUCUGCCUCUGAAGAUGAGGAAGGGGCUGAGUCAGAUGGCAGCAUGCCGCUUAAACGGAAGGCGACAGAGGUGGAGUUACGAGAUGAGAAGAAGCUGCGCCCUGAUGAUCCUCAGUCCCCCAAGGCCACGCCCACUCCAUCCCCCAAAACCACUCCGACUCUGUCCCCUAAAGCCAUACCUACACAGCCCAGGAGGGAGGAGUCAGAGAGGAGUGACAUUGCAGUGAAGAUGGAGGAGGAGCAUUUGGUAAGUUCAGAGGCUCCUCCCCCUGCUCCUCAUGGUCCUGCCCCCUCAGACGAUCUAGUCCCGCCCAUUGGGCCCGAGGCGCUGGUCUGCCACGAGGUCGAUCUGGACGACCUUGAUGACCGCGAAAAGCCUGCCCCUGUUCCCGCCCCCUCACAGUCUGAGGCCCUUCUCCUGAUGAUGCGGGAGCAGCAGCAGGCUCCGCCCCCUCCACCCCACAUGCUACUCCCCCCUCAGCCUCCAGUGAGGCCAUUCCUCCAAAAUUCCGCCCCCACCUGUCCUGAGGAGCUCCACCCCCCCAGAGGCUCCACCCAGGAGGAGGAGCAAAGAGGAGCAACAGGAGGUGAGCAGGAAGGAGACUCUAGCCCCGCCUCCUCCUCCACCUCCGCCUCUCACCUGAGUCAUGACAGAGGUCAGAAGCGGCUGAUGGAGUGCAACCAGAGUCCGUCUGCCAAGAAACCAAAACGCAGCCAGAAGAGGCCCAGCACGCCGGCUAAGGCGGAGAAGAACGGAGGGGGUCACAGUAGUGAUAGUGAGGAUCAGUCCCGGCUUACAUCUUUGAAGUCCCAGAAGUCUCGGUGUUCAGGUCUGACAUCUCCGCCCACAAACAAGGAUAAACAAAGCUGCCCCUCCCCCCAGAGGACAUACAAGUGGACCUUCCAGCUAGAUGAGUUGGACAAUAUGUCGAGUGCUGAGCGGAUCUCGUUCCUUCAGGAUAAACUUCAGCAGAUCAGGAAAUAUUACUUGAGUCUGAAGUCUGAGGUGGCGUCCAUCGACCGACGGCGCAAGAGACUAAAGAAGAAGGAGAGAGAAGUGUCCCACGCGGCAUCCACGUCGUCCUCCGGCUCGUCUGACACCGGCAUGAGCCCAUCUUCAGCCUCGCCCACUCAGAACACCGUGGCCGUGGAGUGCAGGUGAUGACACGCCUACCAGGCCCCGCCCACCCCACACCUGGUCAUUUCAAGCUCCGCCCACUCACCUGGGAACACUGUCACUCCUCAGAUGUAUAGACUGACUUCCUGUUGGGCGCUGUGUGUUCGCCGCCAUGGAAACCACCUCCAGGGGUCAGAGGUCACCGCAAAGGUCAAACGCUCCUUAUGCAACAAUUCUUGGUAUUUUUUUUUUUUAAUGUAUAAAUUUAAAACUAAACAUGGAAUUAAUAAGAGGCGGAGACUUCCUGCUGUGACUGUUUUUGGUCUUUUUUUUAUAGAAAUCAGUUUUUAUUUUAUUACAAACUAAUAAAAUCCUAAAAGUGUUUUAGAACGUCGCAGCAGGACGACAGCGCUUUAGUUGAAAGGAUCCAGAUCAGCUGACUGUAGUGGUGACCUUUGACCCCUCCUCCCAUGUUUCUGUUGUUUUUCUGCUCGUUUCUUCUUCAUUGGUGGUUUCCGUGGCGACGGUGUCUGUGUUUGUACAUAAACUGAAUAAAAGAAUCCACCACCAUGUAUUUGACCUUUUACACACUGUAAAGAAUGAUUUAAAGUAUUUUUGAAAGCAGACUGUUUGUACUGUUUAUCCACGGGUUCUGCUUCUUUUCUAUGUCUGUAAAUAUGACGGAACCGGGCCACAACUGAACCGGGCUGCGCUGACACCGUGUCAAACAGAGCUGUUUCUAAUAAAGGUUUUAAAUACA